UCAAUUUAAUUGGCCGAUAGUUUAACACAAUUAAAGUUUCGCAAACUGAUUGAUUGUUAGAUAACUAUUGAUAGUGAUUAUUAUGAUUCGAUAACAAUUGGUAAUUUAACUGUUAAUUUUAAUCAUAAUUGAAACUGAUGUUGAUUGAUUGUUGCAAUGAAAACAAAUUGAUUGAUCAACUUUUACCAUCAAAUUAUUAAUAAUUUAUCCUUGGACAAUUUAUAUUAUUAUUAAUUGUGAUAUGAUGAUUAAUUUACUAACUAAAGGUUUACAAUUGUCAAAGUUAAUCACAAUUAAGUGUCUCGUUUAUUCAGAAAAACGUUUUCAUAAGGAAAGUGUGCAAUUAGAAUGACAAUUAACCAAUUGCAACAAUUAACUCAAGUUUGAUUAGUUGAUUAGUUAAUAACUGAAUCAAGGUUGUUAACCAUUAACAAUUAAAACAAAUGGUACAAAAUUAACCAGAUUUUCAUAAAUUAUCAUACCAACUUUAAUUUUGGUUUAAUUAAAUUAGAUGAUAACAAUUAGCUUUCCAUUUAAUUGUAGUCUCUACUUUGAACAUCAAACCUUUAAUCCUGACAAUUUAAACGUACAGUUAAUCACUAUGAACAAUUUAAUUGCGAUCGGAUUAAUUACAUUUUUAACUCUAUCAACUGGUUGGUCUUCAACAAUUAUCGGUGAUAAUGAUUUCGUUGAUUUGUGUCGACUCUUUAAUCAGUUGAUUGUUUCGGGUGUUAAACCUGAAGACGCUGUUAAUCAAGUUGCUAAACAAUUUAUCUCGUCUCUAUUAUCUUCAAGUGAUCAAUCAUCAUCAACAACAAUUAACUUUGAAGGUAAAUUAAGAUCACUUUCAGAUCCAUUUACCGGUCAAUUUGUAUUCCAAAACGAAACUGUUAAUGCGGCUGAUUUCCUGUUCGGAUCAUUAAAUCAUCUUUUUAAUUAUCUUCUAACAAUUAAUUCUGGUGGUGAAAUAAUUGAUUCCGUUGAUAGUGAUGUUGUUAUCAUAGGUAAAAGAUCAGCAAUUAACCGUAAUUUAAAUUGUGAUAAUUUACCAACUCAGGGUAUCUCAUUUAAAGUUGAUUCACUUAAUCAAUCGAUGGCCGAUACUUACCUCAAACAAUUAGAGGACAAUUUAAUUUUACUUUAAACUUUGUCAGCAAUUGAAGUAUCGAUGAAUUAAACAAAACAAUCAAUAAAUUUGAUUUUUGAUUAAC